AAACUGAGCGGAAACUGGUGGAGAAGCAGCAAUGAAGCGCCUUUAAAGAGAGAAGAUGGGAGAGACGGAAGCUGUGGAGAUUGAUGAUAUUUUAGAUGACUGGUUCAUUGAGUCUUUAAAAUCGUAUAAGGAUCUUCAUGUGUACCAGCUUGAACAUCCCACUCAGAUCAUCGAGUGGACGUCUGGAAGAAUUCUCUUUUGUGUUUUUAGCCGUUUGUGUGUUGCUGGAUACAGCUCGGGUAAAAAUGAAAUCUUGGAGCUCUGCUUGCCGCUGAAACUUUUAGCCGAUGAAAAAAAGGGUCUCUGUGCAGAGAGGGAUUUCAAAGUUGUGCAUGGUGGUUUCUCAGAAGCCCCGGUUUGCUGCCUCACACACAUUCCAGGAACCAGGUGUGCGGUGACCAAUGACGGGCUGAGCUCCGACCUGCAGUUGUGGGACCUCGGCUCAGACGACACUGAUGUGAUCAGGAAGACAGGAAGUCUCUCGGGGACGAGAGUUUCUCAGACUGGCAGCAGGAUCGCAGCUCGACUCUCCUCGUCGCCUCAAGUCCUUCAUGGAGCACAGAGCAGCAGCGUCCAGCUGACCCAGCUCAGCACAGGACAGACUCUCUAUGGACUCGAGGUCGACUCGACAGAACCUCUAAGCUCCUUAAAGUUUGUGAGUGAGACGGCGUUUCUCGCCAGCUGCUGUGGCGGCACCGUUUACCUCGCAGACACUCGGACGUCCGCUCCUCCUCAGGCUUCAGCUCCUCCGGGGGAAUGCGCCCUCUGGUGGACAGACGCCUCUGCAGCGCUGCAGUUUAGGUUCAUCAGGCUGUCCUCCUCGGGUCAGGCCGUCGUUUCAGACCUCAGGAAUAUGGGGAGAGCCGUGUGUCGAGCUCAGCUGGACUUCCAGACGUCACCAAGGAAACCAGAGGAUGUCACGGUGGCGUGGGCUCCAGCGUUGGACGGCUGCUUCUCAGUGUCGGGUCUCAGUGGACUUGUUCAGAUUUACGACACCGCCGGAUGGAGGGCGGAGCCACAGGACGCCUCACCGCUCUUCCAACACGCCGGUCAUUCGGUUUCCUCGCAACACGGCGAUGGCUCCGCCCCCAUCUUCAUCACCACCCAUGUCUGGCAUCCCGAGCGGCCGAGGACACUUCUCUCUGCGGCUUCAGACGGGUCCGUCCACGUUUGGGACUGGGUGGAUCCACAAACAAACUGAUCUUCCAGGAAGUACAGAUCCCUGAUCUGAAGAAACGUCAUCCAGAUCUGGGAUGAGGAAUGAAUGGUGGGUUCAUUUUUGAUGCAGAACACACUGUGGAUUUCAGUCCAAACUAUUUUCUCUGUGUAAUGAGACGAGUUCAUAUUAAUGGAAAAUGUGAUCAGCACUGCUUUUGUAAAUUAAAGAUAGAUUGAAACAA